AUGAUCUCCCCCGGCGCGAGCUCGCCCACACACUUCCUAUCCCCGCCGUCCUCGUCGGGCUGGAACCUCACGCCGCAAGGACCCCAUUUUAAUCCACAUAAUAAAUCCCAUGGAGCACCUAUUGAUACUGAACGACAUGUGGGCGACCUGGGAAACAUACAAGCCAACAAAGAUGGCGUUGCAGAAGUCUUCAUAAAGGACUUGCAGAUUUCACUGAGCGGGCCUCAUUCCAUACUGGGAAGGGCAGUUGUUGUUCAUGCUGAUUCUGAUGACCUAGGAAGGGGUGGCCACGAACUCAGUAAAUCAACAGGAAAUGCAGGAGCCAGGAUUGGAUGUGGUAUCAUUGGAAUCCAGCCUGCUGUUUAACCAAGAGCCAGUGGAGCUGCUCCUGUUGGAACUGUUGAGCUCAGACAAGGAAACAAUGAUGUCGGUGUUCUGGAGUCUGGAAACAUUCAACGUUAUACAGUUUGAUGUGAUAUUACCAUGUUUAGUUAUGUAUAUGAAUACAAAUACACUUUAUAUCUGAAUAAAAUGGAAAGAAUAGUAGCACGAACUUGCA